AUGAGAUACCUAAUUAUGUUGUAAUUGAUGAUAAAUACAUAAUAGUGAAAAACAUCUAUAAAGGAAACACCUACAAUUUAUACAUAGGUAGAGAUUGAAAGCCUAGCUAGCUGUUAAAAAAAAAUGUUCUGAUGAUUAAAACAAGUUCGUAUUGAUUAAAAUGAGAAGGUAGCCAAUUCCAUAUAUUAAAGAACUAAUGCCACAGAAUAGAUUUUUGAGUAGUACUUCUUGAAUAAAUUAAAAGACAGUAUAGUAAAUUCCUAUAUAGGUAAAUGCAUUACUAGAAUUCUAUCCAUGGGAGAGUAGACAAUUAAAGAAUAACUUUAUCAUUAUUAAGUAAUGGAACGUCAUGGUCCUUCUUUAAAAUUAGUUUACAAUUUUUUAUCCAAAAACAUACCUAUAACUAUACUUUGUCUUAUUGCUAUUCAAACUGUAUAUAUUUAAUAUUAUAUAAAGCUUGUUUCUCUGGAAUAGAUCCAUAAAUAAUUGAUCAUACAUCGUAAUAUAAGGCCAAAAAAAUUGUUAAUAUCACAAAAUGGAUCUGAAAUUUUGUUGACAGAUUUUAAGUUUGCAUGUAGAUAUCGAAAAUAAUAAAAAAACAUUAUUGUUAAUGAUAAUUUACGUAAUUCUUCAAAUAAAAGAUUUUUAAAUAAAUUUUCAAGCUUAAAUCAACAUUUAGAUUAAGGUAUAAUCUUAAUUAUUAGAAUUUAGUUUCUUCUCCAAAGGAUGAUCUAGAAUCUUUAGCAUUAAUCAUAAUUUAUUAUGGAGGAUUUGCUUCUGUCUUAGAUAUUCAAGAUGAGAACAAAGGAUUAAAAAUUAAAAAAUUAGAACAUGUUAAACUGUCUCUUCUUCCAGAACUUUCUUUUAAAGGAGCUCCAUUAGAAUUCAUUUAAUUUUAUAAUGGAAUUAAAUAAUCAUGUGUUAGUGAUUAUCCAUAAGAUUAUGAAAAAUACAAAUAAAUAUUUAGGAAAUUAUUAAACACUUGUGGAUAUUCAGAAAAAGAUAUAGUUUAUCCACAUUUAUAAAUGAUGAAAUAAUAUCAUUAUAAUAAUGUAAACGUGAUUAUGGAGGAAUAAGAAACAUAAGCAUAAAUAGAUUCUAUUGAUGAAGAUCAAAGUGUUUUUAGAAAGAUAAAAGAAUUAGAUGGCAAGAGAUAUCAUAGAUUAAUCUCUUUAGAAAAUUAAAAGUAAUGCAUUUAGAAAGAAUGA